UGGCGCAUUCAUGGCGCGCACGUUCGGUUUGCGACAUUAGCAUUUUCUGCACAGUGUACUAUCAAGUUUACCGCCUUCGUCGGACAACGUAUAUGUGACUAUUCGGUGCAGAGUUUCUCAGCAGUGCAUGAAGAUGUCUGUCGCCAUUCCUCAGCUGCGUUAGUGAUCUCGCCACUCCGAGAAUAUUAGGAACUUAUGGAGACGCGUGAUGUAAAAAUACUGGAACUAAAUGCUAGCAAAGCAGGCCUUCAAGGGAUCGACAAGGAUCAUGUCAACAAGGUUAUCCAAGAAGCAUCGAAGGGAACGCCUUAUUAUGAGCACCAGCAGAAGCGUCAAAAACGUAUAAAUGUAAAAAUUGAGGCAAUGCUUGCAGAGCUUAAGACCCUGAGUCCUGCGCAAUUACAAGCCUCCCAGCACCAGAUGGACAUUAUUGUUGAAAAGAUGGAGUGCACACGUGACUUGAACAGAGUCAUUGUGCACGUUGACAUGGAUGCCUUUUAUGCGGCUGUAGAGAUGCUGGACAACCCCUCUUUGCGGGACAAACCGAUGGCAGUUGGUUCUAUGGGAAUGCUGUCCACAUCAAACUAUGAGGCCAGGAAAUAUGGCGUACGUGCAGCAAUGCCUGGAUUCAUUGGCAAGAAGCUGUGCCCAGCAUUGGUUAUCGUUCGUCCAAACUUCCAUAAAUACACAGAAUUCAGCAGAAAGGUGCGACAAGUGCUUGUGCAGUAUGACGAAGACUUCACACCAGUUGGCCUCGAUGAAGCAUACCUUGACAUCACUGAAUACAUGGCCAAAAAUGAUGCUGAAGCUGAACAUGUCGUUCAGGAAAUGAGACAAAAGAUCUUUGAUGCUACGCAAUUGACAGCAAGUGCAGGUAUAGCUGCCAACAUGUUUUUGGCAAAGGUCUGUUCUGACAUGCGCAAACCGAAUGACCAAUUCAGGCUCCCUAACGAUGUGAACUCUAUCCGCAAGUUUGUCUCUUCCCUUCCUAUCCGCAAAGUCCCAGGAAUAGGUGCAGUGCAAGAACAGCUGUUGAUGGCCCUUGGGGCACGCACGUGUCAUGAUCUUUGGGUCAAGCGAGCUGAAAUCGGCCAUCUCUUCGGGAAAGUUACGGCGCGAUUUUACCUUCGUGCAGCUCUUGGCCUUGGUUGCACUGAAGUCAAAUGUGAUUCAAGUCGGAAAUCGAAAAGUGUGGAGGAAACAUUUGCCGAAAUAAGCAGUCCUCAAGACCUGUUCUCAAAAUGUGAGGAACUUUGCGAAGAGCUUCAUCAACAGAUUCAAGAAGAAGGCAUAUCUGGUAGAGUGGUGACAGUGAAAAUGAAAACCAUCAUGUUUGAUGUGAUGACGCGCAGUGUUACUUUGGAGAAUGCCACCUGCAAGUUGGAAACAAUCAAACAGGCAGCCUUGCGGCUUCUGCAACAAGAAAUCACUGCGGCCAAGCAGGGACAGCCCCUUCGAUUACGUCUGAUGGGAGUCCGGCUUUCUGGCCUAGAUGAUGGUGGGUCUUUAUCCUCAUCACAGCCAACCUUAUCGGCAUUCUUGUCUGGCAGAAAAACGGCCCAGUGCCCCAUAUGCGAAAAGGCACUGGAAAGUAGCUCCGCUGAAUUUGUCAAUGCGCAUGUGGAUGCCUGCCUGGGUGAACAGGACAGCAUCCAAUCAUCAAGCGGAGAUGACUUCUAUGACACAAACCACAGAGAGAAUCCGGACACUUCUGGACAUCUGAUACGUUGCAAAUCGCUUCAGUACCUGGAGCAUUGUGUUCUAACCUUGUGGACAAAAAGAACAGAGUGCAAUAUUUCGAGGACUAUCAACAGCACCAAGUCUGUGUCACCCAUUGAAAAAGCUAGUGUUCUAGAGGAGGAAGAGCCUGAAUCAGUGGAGUGUCCUGUGUGUGGUCACAUCAUUCAAGAGACCGACUGGUCUAAAGUGAACGAGCACAUCGACACCUGUCUCAACAAGCCCAUGAUUCGUGAAAUGUUAUCAUCACAAGAUUUUGCUAGCAGCCCGAUGCCUGAGAAGCGGAAAAUCGAGACGCCAAAAAGUCAACGGUCGCAAAAGCGGCCAAGGUGCAGUCAGCCACGGCAACGAAAUUCCAUCACAAACUACCUCUCGCCUUCUUCGUCGAAGCCUUAAGCCUGAACUAAUUAUUUUAUUUCUUGCUACAUAUAAUUGUAUAUACACUGUAUAUUGUACGUUAAAGUAAAAGUUACCUGUGAUACCUGAAAA